UUUUUUCAUUUCAUUUUUUUUUUUUUUUUAAGUGAAAAUGGAAUCUAAUAGAUUCCAAUAAAAGAGUAGAAGCACGGACUCGUCGUGAGAAACUACUCCACACCAAUAACGCUACUUCCCAAAACCCUCAUUUCCUCAACCUUGUCUCUCUCAAUUUCUCCGAGUGUUUGUGAAAAAUGAGGCCGUCUAUCUUCAGAUCCGUACAAUCCGCGGUUGCGAGAAACAGUCCUCGCCGUUCCUACUCCUCCGACUCCGUUCCGGAACGCAAGGUCGUUGUUCUCGGCGCCGCCGGCGGGAUCGGCCAGCCCCUGGCUUUGCUAAUGAAGCUCAACCCUCUCGUCUCCAAGCUUGCCCUCUAUGAUAUCGCCGGAACCCCCGGUGUGGCUGCCGAUGUCGGCCACAUCAACACCAGAUCUGAGGUGGCUGGUUACAUGGGUGAAGACCAGCUGGGCAAAGCUUUAGAGGGAUCCGAUGUUGUUAUCAUCCCAGCUGGCGUGCCCAGAAAGCCCGGAAUGACCCGUGAUGAUCUCUUCAAUAUUAAUGCAGGGAUCGUCAAAUCUCUGUGCACUGCCAUCGCCAAGUACUGCCCUAAUGCUCUUGUUAACAUGAUAAGCAACCCUGUGAACUCAACGGUUCCCAUUGCUGCUGAGGUUUUCAAGAAAGCAGGAACAUACAAUGAGAAGAGAUUGUUUGGUGUGACUACCCUUGAUGUGGUUAGAGCUAAGACAUUCUAUGCUGGGAAGGCAAACGUGAAUGUUGCAGAGGUCAAUGUACCAGUUGUUGGCGGCCAUGCUGGCAUAACCAUUCUCCCGCUAUUUUCUCAAGCCACACCAAAAGCCAAUUUUUCAGAUGAAGAUAUCAAGGCUCUUACAAAGAGAACUCAAGAUGGAGGCACAGAAGUUGUAGAAGCAAAGGCUGGAAAGGGGUCUGCCACAUUGUCAAUGGCCUAUGCUGGAGCCAUGUUUGCUGAUGCUUGCCUGAAGGGACUCAAUGGGGUUCCAGAUGUAGUGGAAUGUUCAUUUGUUCAAUCAACUGUCACUGAGCUUCCUUUCUUUGCUUCUAAGGUACGGCUUGGAAAGAAUGGGGUGGAGGAGGUUCUGGAGUUGGGCCCCCUCUCCGACUAUGAAAAGGAAAACUUGGAAAGUCUGAAGCCCGAACUCCUGGCAUCCAUUGAAAAGGGAAUCAAGUUUGCCAACCAGAGUUAGAUAACACUAUUAUUUAUGGCUGGGGUGGUAUAUGCCUACUCCUGAGAGAGACGCCCAAAUUUUGCCUUUCGUUUUCUUUUACCAAUGUUGUAUUUGUUGCUGCAAGUGGCACCGGCUUUUAGCUGUUUUGUCAGGCCUUUUGAAAAAGCAAAGAUUCCAUCAAUAAUUCCCAGUGGCAUGUUUAGGUUGAACAGUACACAUUUAGGUUGGGAUGAUCUAUUCAUCGAACCCUACUGAUAAAAUCAUUGACGUGACUUGCAUCGGA